UUUACAAAAAAGAAAAGAAAAAAAGAGAUGGGUUUCGAAAAGCGCAACACGUGUUCUUAUACCGCUUUCGCACCGGGUAGAGUUUCCCAAAUCCAACAAUCAACUUCAAUCCCACUCCCACUAGGAUCGAACUCAACUCUCUAUACACUCCAACCACAGAGUGGAAAAACCAGAUAUCCAGUCUAUCGUUGGUGGAAACUGUUCCCCCUUUUCCGGCAAUCGACUGCCGGAAUCUUCUCAGCCUCUCUUGAAAUGGUAGCCCCGAAGUCGCCGGACUGGAUUCCCGCCGGCUGGAUCGAGCAGGUCAAAGUCACCAACGGAAGAAAACUCAAGUACUACUACAACAGUGAAACUGGGCAGAAAUUUAAUACCAAGAAAGACCUCAUUCAGUAUGUCGAAAGGGUAAAUCUUUGCCGUGAUGAACCUCAACAAACAAGUAAGCUUAAUGAGAGUAGUUCAGAGCCAAUUUUGGAGCAAAACAAGAGGAGUUCAGGAAGAAAAAACAAGAGGAGUUCAGAGCCAGAACAUAAGGAGGGUGGGUCUGAACCAAUGCCAGAGGAAAAGGGGAGGUCAGAACCAAUGCCAGAGGAAAAGGGGAGGUCAGAACCAAUGCCGGAGCAUAACGAGAAGAGUUCAGAACCAAUGCCACCAGCGAUAGAAACAGAUGAAACUCCUGAAUGGUUACCUCAAGGAUGGAUCAUGGAAGUGAAAGUUAAGAGUGGUAGUUUACGAAAAUACAAGUGCUUUGUUGAUCAACUGAGUGGACGCAAAUUCUAUUCAAGGCCACAGGUGUUCGAAUACCUCAAAACUGCAAAGCUUGAUAGCUCAUCCCAACAGAAGAAAAUGGGAAAUGGCUCUGUUAGCAAUGCUGACAUGGGAGAAUUAGCUGAAGGCGAAACCUCUUCGAAGGUAGAGGGGUCUGACAAUAUCAACACUUUGGAGGGGGCAAGUCGUGCAUCCAAACCAAAGCGAAAAGGCUUAGGCAAAAAGUUAGUGAAAAAAAAGGUUGUGAUUGAGAGGGUUACCGCUGAAGGGCUCCCUCCAGGGUGGAUAAAAGAAAUCAAAAUUCAAAUGAAAUCGCAGGGAAUCAGAAGGGACCCGUAUUACACGGAUCCUGUAAGUGGAUAUGUCUUCCGCUCCCAGAGAGAUGCUCUGCGCUAUCUAGAAACUGGAGAAACGAGUGUUUGUGCUAUCAAACCAAAGAAGAGGGAGGAACUGAGCUUUUUAACUGAAGGGACGUCUGUUAGUGAAUGCCCGGAGCAGUGAUGCAAUGUUUGAACUUUGAAGACCAUCCUUCAUGAUUGUGUUUUGAGCUUCCUUCUGUGGUGCUAUGGCUGUUUGGUUUGUUUGUGUGUGUGUGGUAUGCUUGUAUGGCUGCUUUAACAUGAUUGGUUUAGUGGCACACUGGGUAGCGGACUAACCGGUACUUGUAUGUAGUUUCUGUUUGUAUUUGCUGGUAACACAUGUUUUAGCUGCUGUAUUAUCAGUGCCAAGCAGUACUUCUGUUGUUCCU